AUGGUACAGAACGACCCAUUACUGGUGGAGUAUCAGGGUGAGUGGUAUGAUCUAUCGGCGUUUGCGCACAAACAUCCCGGUGGCAAGAACUCUCUCGCUGGGCUACACGACAGAAACAUGGAGGAACGGUUUGCGCGUGCCCCCGGACAUUCCCAGGCGGCCAAAUAUCUGAUGAAGGAGUACAAGAUCAAACCACUAGAUUCCGGGCGGCACGCGAAACAGAACGGAUCGAAUGGUCUCCGAAAUGGUCUUCACUCUCGCAACGGACUACACGACAGCGGAACACGAACGGGUGCGGACGACCUAACACACCUCACGGACGACAGUAUGGAGCACUUGGUGGAUUGGAGAAAGCCGAUGCUCUUUCAAAUACACAAAAUAGGACCCCAAUAUGCCGAAUGGGUGAACAAACCGGUCGACCGGGAGCUGCGCCUGUUGGGACCGUCCUGGUUGGAAAACAUGACAAAAACUCCGUGGUGGAUCGUUCCCGCGUUCUGGAUACCGGCCAUCUGCUACAUCAUACACCUCGGCAGCCAAGAUCUGGCCACCGAACGGCGCUUCAGCGAAGCGACACAGUCGUUUUUCACGAUUGACCUGUACCUACACCUGCUGAUCGGCAGCAUCGUCUGGACGUUGCUCGAGUACUCGCUGCAUCGCUGGGUGUUCCAUCUGGACCCGAAGUACAAUCGGUUCCUGCAAACGUUCCACUUUCUUAUCCACGGCCAGCACCACAAGGUUCCGUUCGAUCCAUACCGGCUAGUGUUUCCCGUGCCACCGGCGAUCCUGCUCACCACCAUCUUCUAUCAGCCACUGUACUACCUGUUUCCGUUCCCCAGAAUUACGCUUGCCGGCGGUUUAAUAGGUUACCUUACAUACGACCUCAUCCACUACUACCUCCACUAUGGAAGUCCCUCCGGAGGCCAUUUGUAUCACAUGAAGCGUUAUCAUUACUCGCACCAUUUCGUUCAUCACGAUCUCGGAUACGGCAUUAGCAGCGACGUAUGGGAUAAACUGUUCGGAACGCGCAUCGUGCUGGCGAAGCUGAAAUAUCUUCUCAAAUGGUGAUCACAGCAGGUGGAGUGGCCAAUGGAAC